AUGACUGUUUCUGUGUGUGUGGAGUCGCGACGAGUGGCGCAAAUCAUAGCUCAAGAAAGUAAUGUGCCAACAGCCAUCUUGGAAUUUGUCUUUGGUGGCACCCCAUCUCUGCCCGUUGUCGACCAAUCGUUGCAGUCAUUUAGCGAGAUACCAGUGUUACAGGCCGAUCCACCAUCUGAUCCGGCACCACCAGGAACGGCGACAGCUAGUUGUGCGAAGACAAUUGGACCCCUGAGUAUUGCCUCUGUCGGGCAAUUAUGUCGAUCAGAAAUUACAGCUGCCACCGUCAAAUUCAAAGUCUUCGGUCUCCACUUCCCAACGGUCAGGGUGAAAAAAAUUGUUGCAAGUAUAGUACAGGUUGAGGUACUGCUGAAUGGUCUUGGGAUCUCUGUUGAGCAAUCGGUCACCAAUGAUCAAACACAUCAAGUGACCAUCGACGAAUUCAAAUCGAUUCUACUGCUGCUUUCCGUCGAAGAGCCGAUUGCCGAGCUUAAAUUCGCCUCCCUCGACGGCCUCACAGGAGGCUAUGGGUACAAUUCGCAGAUGCGCACACCGAGCAUUAACGAAGUCACAUCACAUCCGUUCCUCGCAUCAUCCCAAAUCACAAAGCCUAAUGCUGACGUCCCAAACAUAAAAAGAAAUGUCGUUCUGGCGGUUGACAUCAGUGACGAUAUCAAGAUUGCUAUUUUUGGCGACGUCCAGGUUACCAUUCCAACCGCUGCUAAAAGCGAUAGCGAACGCUUUGCUUUCGUCGAGCUAGGGCUACUUACAACGCUCGACUAUGAGAAAGGUAGCAGUCGUCUAGCACUCUUGUCCCAGGAUGGCAGCCUAGGUGCUCACCUCAAAGCAUGGCCGGACUUUCUAAUCAACUACGAACCUUUCAUGUUCACAGCAUCAAUGGGUGUAAAAGUUGGAGCCUCUUAUACCUUUAGACACUGGGGCAUUACAAAGAAAUACGAGGUUCACAUGGGCUGCAAUCUCGAAUUGCAUAGCCCACCUGUCGCUGGUAAAGUCACGGUGGACUGGUGGGUCAUCUCGUUCACAAUACAUUUCGGAAACUCCCACCAGAGGAACGAUGCCGUGGAUUGGGAUGGCUUCAAGGCUUCUCAUCCCGAACCCAAAGUCCCCCGCCAAGACUCCAAGCAUCGAUCCACUGCAUACUCCAACAACUACAGGAGGUAA